GCUGGUCACGUCACGCAGUGAGCAGGCGCCGCGGUGUAUGCCGGGUACAGAGAGGCGGCCUGCUGACGGAUCCCGGGACAGCGUCUGAGGGGGGAAUCCCUGGCCCUGCCAGUCACCGGCCGAGGCACCGCGGGGAAGUACCGGGGCCCGCUUGAAGGGGGUUCCCCGGUCCGGUAGACGAAACUCCAGCGUUUUCCAUCCCCCACCCCGGAAUCCCGGGAACUGCCACCGGUCCCCCGGUCCAUGACCCAGAUCUGCCAGACACUGCACCGGCCGGACACCGGGGACACGCAGCAAGAUGAUGUGCGAAGUGAUGCCAACCAUCAGCGAGGCUGAGAUGCCUUCAGGGGGAAAUGGAAGCCGUGGGUCUGGCUCCCCCCUACAGACAGACUCCGAUUCCCACUUUGAGCAACUAAUGGUUUCAAUGCUAGAAGAGAGGGACAGAUUGCUGGAUACACUACGGGAGACCCAGGAAACACUAGGACUAAACCAAGGCAAGCUACAGGAAGUGACCCACGAGCGGGACUCUCUACAAAGGCAGCUCAACACGGCUUUGCCGCAGGAGUUUGCAGCACUUACUAAGGAGCUCAAUAUCUGCCGGGAGCAACUUCUGGAACGGGAGGAAGAAAUAGCUGAGCUGAAGGCCGAAAGAAACAAUACUCGGCUCCUCUUGGAACAUCUGGAGUGUCUGGUUUCUCGGCAUGAGCGCUCUUUGCGAAUGACAGUGGUGAAGCGGCAGGCUCAGUCUCCAGCCGGAGUGUCGAGUGAAGUCGAAGUUUUAAAAGCACUAAAGUCCCUCUUUGAACAUCACAAAGCUUUAGAUGAAAAGGUGAGAGAACGGUUACGCGUGGCUCUGGAGAGAUGUAGCCUGUUGGAAGAAGAGUUGGCAGUAACACACAAAGAGCUUAUGAUUUCUCGAGAACAGAACAAUCAAAAGAAAAUCUAUAAUGAUGUGACCAGGGACCAGAACCAUGAUCAAGAAAAUGCACCAAACACUAAUGGGAAGAGAUCAUCCGAUGACUCUUUAAAUCACGAGGACCUGUCAAAAGUGAUGGAGCUCCAGGAUGUGAUUGAUAAACAAAACAAGGAGCAGAGCCAGAUGAAGGAACGUCUAGCUAUCCUGUCCAACCGCGUCACUGAGCUGGAGGAAGAUCUUGACACAGCAAGGAAAGAUCUCAUUAAAUCAGAGGAGAUGAAUACGAAACUGCAACGGGACGUACGAGAGGCUAUGGCUCAGAAAGAAGACAUGGAGGAGAGAAUAACAACUCUUGAAAAACGCUACCUCGCCGCACAGCGUGAAGCCACAUCUGUGCACGACCUCAAUGACAAACUUGAAAACGAAAUCGCUAAUAAAGAAUCUGCCGUAAGACAGAGUGAAGAAAAGAAUCGUCAGAUCCAGGAGCGGCUCGAGCUGGCUGAACAGAAACUUCAACAGACGAUACGGAAAGCAGAAACCUUGCCCGAGGUGGAGGCGGAAUUGGCACAGAGAGUGGCUGCUCUUUCUAAGGCGGAGGAGAGACAUGGCAACAUUGAGGAGAGGUUACGACAAAUGGAAUCACAACUGGAGGAGAAAAACCAGGAGCUGCAAAGGGCCCGACAGAGAGAGAAGAUGAACGAGGAACAUAAUAAGCGCCUGUCUGAAACCGUGGACAAGCUUCUGUCCGAGUCAAAUGAGAGGCUACAACUUCACCUCAAGGAGAGGAUGGCAUCUAUAGAAGAUAAGAAUGCCUUAAUUAGAGACGUGGAAUCUGCCAAGAAACUCAUUGACGAAAUCCAGCAUGAAAAGGAUCAGCUACUGCUUGAAAUAGAAUCAAUGAGAGCUGAAAAUGAUCAAGUCAGGAUUCGGUCAGCCUCCCUUCACCAUAGCCGGCCUCACCUCGGCAGUGUGCCUGAUUUCCGAUAUGCUCUUGCACCUUCCUCAUUGUCUGAUGGCCACUCGGACUCCUAUAGUUCUUCAAUGGUUCUACGAAGGCCGCAAAAAGGACGGCUAGCUGCUCUUCGCGAUGAGCCCUCAAAGCACGUACAGACUCUUAAUGAGCAGGACUGGGAACGAGCCCAGCAAGCUAGCGUACUGGCCAAUGUAGCCCAAGCCUUUGAGAGCGAUGUCGAUAUAUCUGAUAUGGAGGAUGACCGAGACACCAUUUUCAGCUCUGUGGAUCUUCUUUCCCCUUGCGGCCAGGCGGACGCUCAAACGCUCGCUGUUAUGUUGCAGGAACAAUUAGAUGCCAUUAAUAAGGAAAUCAGGAGUGCAAAAUAUUUACCGGAAUCUUGCUUUGCUUUAUGCAGAUUGAUUCAGGAGGAGAAGGAGACGACUGAGCAGAGAGCUGAAGAGAUCGAGUCUAGGGUGGGCAGUGGCAGUUUAGAUAACCUUGGGAGGUUCCGGUCGAUGACCUCUAUUCCCCCAUCUUUCACUGGCUCUGCUCUUGCUGGCUCCUCCCCACCUGGCAGCGGACGCUCCACUCCCAGACGAAUUCCUCACAGUCCUGCCCGGGAAGUGGACAGGCUAGGUGUUAUGACCUUGCCUUCAUCUUCAGAAACUACUCAUUCAUCCAACUCCCCCAUCAUCAAUUCCCCCUCCUGCCCUGAUUCCUACCAGCCUCCAGGUACUGAUUCCCGAGAUGACAAGACUACGAUACGGUGUGAGACUUCCCCUCCUUCCUCUCCCAGAUCUUUGCGACUAAGCUCAGUUCAUAAAGGAGCAUUGCACACCAUGAGCCAUGAAGACAUCAGAGACAUUAGAAAUUCUACGGGCUCACAGGAUGGUCAAGUAAGCAAUCCCAGCAGCAGUAACAGUAGUCAAGAUUCGCUCAAUAAAGCCCCAAAGAAGAAAGGAAUCAAGUCAUCCAUUGGUCGACUUUUUGGCAAAAAAGAGAAGGGUCGGCCUGGACAAAUGGGGAAAGAAACUCUUGGACCAGGUGGAAUUCCAGAGUUUGAUAGUACAUCCCAGGAAUCUCUUGGACUGGCAAAGCUAGGUGGGCCGACUGAGAAGAACAGAAAGCUACAGAAAAAGCACGAGCUCUUGGAAGAGGCACGGAGACAGCACUUGCCGUUUGCACAGUGGGAUGGUCCAACUGUGGUUGUCUGGUUGGAGCUUUGGGUCGGGAUGCCUGCCUGGUACGUGGCUGCUUGUCGGGCCAAUGUGAAAAGUGGGGCGAUAAUGUCUGCUCUGUCAGACACUGAAAUCCAGAGAGAAAUCGGUAUCAGUAACCCACUUCACAGGCUAAAGCUGAGACUAGCCAUCCAGGAGAUCAUGUCCUUAACCAGUCCAUCAGCUCCUCCAACCUCGAGAACGUCCACGGGAAAUGUCUGGGUUACUCAUGAAGAGAUGGAAACUCUCACAGCGUCUCCACAAACGGAAGAUGAGGAGGGAAGCUGGGCUCAGACCCUUGCAUAUGGCGACAUGAAUCAUGAGUGGAUUGGUAAUGAGUGGCUGCCUAGCUUGGGCCUGCCUCAGUACCGAAGUUAUUUUAUGGAGUGCCUUGUUGAUGCUAGAAUGCUGGACCAUUUGACAAAGAAGGACCUCCGCGGACAACUGAAAAUGGUGGACAGCUUUCACAGGAAUAGUUUUCAGUGUGGCAUCAUGUGUUUACGGAGGUUGAACUAUGACAGGCAAGAACUAGAGAGGAAACGAGAUGACAGUCAAAAUGAAAAUAAAGAUGUCAUCGUCUGGAGCAAUGACCGGGUCAUCAAUUGGAUAUUGUCCAUUGGACUUAAAGAAUAUGCAAAUAAUCUUCUAGAAAGCGGUGUUCAUGGUGCUCUGAUUGCCUUAGAUGAGACAUUUGAUCAUACCACAUUGGCUUUGCUGCUACAAAUCCCCACUCAGAACACACAGGCACGCACAGCACUGGAGCGGGAAUUCAAUAAUCUUCUUAUAAGAGGAACUGAUAGAAGAUUUGACGAUGAUGAUGAUAAAAGCUUUCGACGGGCCCCAUCGUGGCGAAAGAAAUUCCGACCAAAGGAUGUGCGAGGAAUGAGUGCCGGCUCUGCGGAGACACUACCUGCCAACUUCAGAGUCAACUCUUCAAUGUCUUCUCCUUCUAUGCAGCCAAAGAAAAUCCAGAUGGAUGGCAAUGUGUCUGGAAUACAAAGACUGGAUUCAGCUACUAUUAGGACAUACUCCUGCUAACGUUAUCUGUUGGUGAGUUCUGGCCUGCACUCCGUAUAAUUCCAGUUUAUCCACAUUACUUCUACAGAUGAAUAUGCAACACGUGAAUUCAUCUUGAUUCUACAUUUCCAGACCUGGCCGGCUCCCCUGUACGAAUCGCGCUGUUCAGACACUUUGAGAUAUUUUAAUACAGAGUUUUUAAUUAUCAAGUAAAAAUUAUAGAUAGAACAGAUAUUUUAGAAUUUUACCGUUUGUUAUUUCUGUUCACCUCUGUGAGAAAUAGAAGAAGAAGAAGAAAAAAGAUAAGUUUUAUGUAGCUAAUUUUCCAUGUACGUUCAGUCCAUUGUAUCCUUGUUCAUCCUUAUCUUUGUGUUUUUUUUUUGUUUUUUUUACCCGCUCUUCCCUUUUGAAUGUACUGUAACUCCAGUUGAGUCCCUGCCGGUCACCAGGGGGCUUUGUAAAUGAUUCUAGCAUUGUAAUUUAUGGGUAUAUUUCAUAACAAACCUGACUGAGAAAGAUUUGUAUUUUUAAUUGUAUUUGUACAGUCUUAGAACAUCAAAAUGUGUAUUUUGUCAGUUGUAUUACCUGGUUUAAUGUUGCAGGUCUUCCCAUCCUUAAACAAUCCUUAGAAUACAUUUACCAAGUCAAAAUCACAGUAAUGCAACUUCAUCUACUUCUUUGUUUUGGGUGGAGAGUAUAGCAGUGUUCUGCCCUUACUGCGACAGGCUGAGAUCGUCUUUCCACCCAAUUUACUGGUGAGAAUUCAUUAAAGCUGCUGUGCCACUUUUCUGGCGUUUAUUCCUCUUGUUAACUUAUUGCGCCAGAUUUACGAAGCAUUUGCAACACUUUUGGUCCUGACCUGUGCACCAAAUUUCCGGUAGUUCUAAAAUGCACCGCUUUUACAGGAGCAAUGAAUGCGCCAAAUUUGAAAUGACAUACUGACAGUUUAUAACUUACAAAAGUGAAGCUAAUUAAGACCAACUCUAUUUAUGCGUACAAAGAGAAUAACUGAUUCAGACCGGUUUAGUGAAAGUGGCGCAGCAUGCGUUCUUAAAGCGGAGAUUCACACUAAAAGUGAACCUCCGCUUUUUGGAUCCCUCCCCUUUUCCGGUGUCACAUUUGGCACCUUUCAGGGGGGAGAGGGCUGAAGAUACCGGUCUGAGACAGGUAUUUGCACCACUUCCGGGUUUGGAUCCCCUCGGGGACUCCAGCCUGU